UCAUUGCCUUGUGCGCAUAUAAUUGCUCCCCCUCUCUCUCUCUCUCUUUACGUGUGUGUCUUUUCUUUUAUCUCCAUAUAUCAAAAUAUAUCAAAUUGUAAUAAAUUAAUUAUUCUGAUCAAACACAAUUAACCGAUCAUCCAGAAGCAAAAGCAAUCGUUUUCUUCCCCCGCAAAUUUUCCAGGCUUUAUUUGCAUAUUUUACCAUAUGGCCACAAAGUUAACGACCCUGCAAGGACUCGAAGACAUAAUACUUUUUCUUUGUUGCUGACCGCUUGAGAGAGGCUCUUCGGUUCACGUAAGCAUGUCCUUUUCCUACGCUAGGGAGGCUGGUGGCUUAUUGUUGUCAGAUGAAGGAUAUUGCCCUAGAGUCAUAAGAAUGGGUUUCCUGAGCUAAAUAGUUCAAAUUAGGGCUUUGUUGGAGUUGACUUGAGCUUAAUAUUGGGCCUGAUGAUCAAAUGUCAUUUUCAUUGACAUUUCUUACCUUUGACACGACAUAAGAUGAUGUGAGGGCUUGGAAUGAGGACAGAUUACAAGUACAGGGUAUUUAAAUGGUGGAUAGCUAGCUAGCUUUGCUAUUCUAUAGACCUCAAUCACAAAUGAUGUUGCAGGCAACAUUUUGGUCAAUCUGGCAGGUUAUGAAGACAUUUCAUUCUUAUGGUGUUCUUAUUCAGAUUCAUUAGUCUGAGCUGCUGCUAUUGCAGUCUCCUACCCUUCAACCUUUGAGCCUGAAGAGCUCAUAGGAAAUAGAUUCUGCUAUCUUUGCAGAAUUAAUGACCUUGCACUGUGAAAAUCACCUAUACAAUUAAAAUGCUUCUCUGAAGGUUGAAAACCUGAAGUUGUGAAAACAUGAAGUUCCUUUACUGGCUGCUACUAACUGUGGGUGAGAAGUUGAAAAACUGAAGGUCAUUUACAGGCUGCCACUAUCUGUGAGUGAUCAUUUGUUGAAAGACUGAAGUUCAUUCUACAAUCCUAGUACUUUCUGAUUAGUUGUGGGACUCCUUUUCUUUAUGACGACUGCUGGUUGUAUGGGACCACUUUCACUUGGAAAGAGUGUCUUGGUUAUGCCCUUUUUUGAUUGAUGAUAGGGGAUGAGGUUCUUGCUGAGCGUGCUGCUUUCAAAGCACAUUUUUGACUGGGAUUUGUGUCAUGUUCCUGUGGAGUGGGUCUGUUGGUAGUGACAUGGGGGCAGAGGUGGUGCCAUCUAGAUCUGCUGCUUGUACGUGCACACUUGGAUUGUUUGCAGGCGAAUAACACUAAAUGGGGCACAAUAGAAUGUGUGCUAAUUGGACGGUUUGCAACUUUAUUACUACAUUCCUCAUUUCCUCUUAAGGCUCAGAGUAGAGGCACUGAGCAGAUACUUAGUGCUCGCUAGACACGAUGUUCUCUCUCUUUUCUCACUGACAGCUGAUCACAUUAUCCUGAUUCAUUUGUAUGCUGGUAAUUCAUUUAGUUGAGCCUGUUGACCUAGUGAACUUGUGCUCCUUUGAAGUCUUAGGUUGUAAUCUUACUCUAUUUGUGGCUUAGAACGAAAUAAAGUGAGAGCAAUCCUGAUUAACAGAUUCUUUGAGUGGCAUCACAAUACACAACUGGGGUUGCAAUGGAUGGUACAUUUUCUUAGUGGCCCACUAAGAUGUAGCCAUUGAUGCUAGUAUAUUGCUAAGUGUGCUGCAAUUAUAUAGAGCACUUAAUCGUAAUGUUGCUUGGUCUACCCAAUAUUGGAGGACAGCUACCAUAGUUGGUUGAGAUGAAUCAGAAAACACGUGUAGUACCAGUUAGCCUCUGUCUUAUGGCUGAACUCCUAUUGAUGUAAAAAAAUCUCCAACUGCUGUUGCUUCUGCAGCUUCAAGGAUUUCUCCUAUUGUUCCUUGGGGCUUGUUGAUGCCCUGCAAUAUUCAUCUUUUGGUACUACCCACAAUCUUCUGAGGUGGUGGCUCUUAUAUUUUACAUUGCAAGUAGAUGCAAUCAUGGAACGCUUUUAACAGCCAUUUCACAGUUUUUGCUUCUACUCUCCAUUUUGUACUAGGCAAUACUUCAUUUUAAACUCAUUCAAGCACAAAGCACCUCCGGUACUGUUAACAAAAUUUUUUCCUUUCUCUCUGACAAGAUUAUUCCUUUGCUUGUCUUGUACACUCAUUGUCCAUUAAGUUUCUGUCUUUCUGACUAGUCAAUCUCUUGCUCCUUCUCAUACAAACAUUAACAAUUGCUUCUUUGUAAAUACACUCUUAUGUUCUUUUACCACUGGUAUAACUCAUACAAACAUUAAUAAGUGCUUCCAUAGAAACUCUCAGGCUCCUCCUCCACCCCUUGCUCUUGGUCCUGCAUUUGUUUGAGUUCUGCACCUUGAAACAGUCAUUAACAGAAAGAUUGAUGGAUUCAAAAAUUGUAGUGGCUUCUUCCUAAUGGAACAUAUUUCAGUGAGACUGCCAUGGGAUGAGGGGAACCAAAUUGGCCUUGUCUAUUUGGUGGUAUGGCUCGUCAAAGGUUUUUUUUCACUAAGAUAUAAAUUUAUUGCCGCCAUUCACGUACAAUGGGGCACAGAAAUUUAUUCAACAUGUCUCAGAUAUUUGAGACAGAAGAUGAUCAGAGAUGGAAUCUUCCAGAGCAGCCACCUUUGUCUUUCGCACGGGCUGGUGCUCCUGAAAGCAGUAAUCUUGUUUAUCCAGUGGACAAUAUGUCAAUCGACGGGACACACCAUUCUGCUCUGGGGAGUCAUGCCUCCAGGCCAAGUGGAUAUUCUUCCUCGAAUCAAAAUAUGGAAAUUCCACACUGUCAGCCACAGGUUCAAGGUCCUCUUCAUGAUCCUUUUCUGCAUUCAGGUACUGGAGGUUUUCAUAUGAUCCAUGAGAGUUAUCCACAUCAAGCAUCUUCAUCAACCCAUGGAGGUCAGACGUAUCAUGGGGUAGAUGGUGGCCUCGUUGACCUCACAAUGGGCAGCGGGAGAGGGCCAUAUAAACGUAAGAGUCCUGGUAUACCUGCAGGUGGCGAAAGUGGUAGUACGAGCAGAUACUUCGAUGCUGGCAGUUCAUCUGAUAUCCCUUCUGACUCUUGGCAUGAGAAACAAAAUCCAGACUCUCAUUACACGUCUUGGGGUUUACAUCCUAGUUACAGAGGUAAUAAUCUGUCUAUUGGAGGUGAAGGUUCUCAGAGGAAUGUAAGAAGCAGAUCUGCAUUUGAUCUGCAAAGUAAUGUGGGAAGGGCGCAUAUAACAAGUAAUCCUUCACAUCACUCUAACAGCAGUAGAACAACCACUGAUUAUUGUAGUUCAGUGAACUAUCUGGCUCCAAGUUCUAAUUCUUCAACAAGGGAAUGGAACCAUGCAGUCAUGCCCCCUGCUGCCACUCAUGGGAGGAAUUUCGCUUCUGCUGAAGAUACAGGCUUCUAUUGUUAUGAUAUGAACCACUACGAUAUGGUAACUGGAAAUAUAUCUACCUCGCUGGAGAUGGGGAGUUACCACAAUGAUUUCACCCCAAACAGAAGUUCCCUUCCUCAACAUUUGCCUGGCAACUUGCAAUCUUCGAGGGGAGUCCGAAGUAGCUACAGUCAAAGAUCUUCCCCUUCUUUCAGGACUUCGUCAAGCUAUUUGCGCCAUGGGCAUGUUGGUUCUUCAGAUGACGCAUCACAGUUGUUUGCUGAAGGCUACUCCUCAAGACAUUCACGUCCAUUGUCUACUCUAGGACCACGCAGUAGUGACCGAAAUGGGAGAACUAGGAUAUCUAGUGAUAGGUACAGAUCAUUGGCUGGUGAGGCAGGUUUCCGUGAGCAACUUGCAUCUGAGGGUGUUAUUGUUCCAGAUCGCUCUACUUUCUACGGAUCCAGAAGCUUGUUUGAUCAGCAUAGGGACAUGAGACUUGACAUUGACAACAUGGGCUAUGAGGAACUUCUUGCACUGGGAGAGAGAAUUGGUCACGUCAAUACUGGCUUGUCGGAGGAGCUGAUUUCAAAGUGCAUGACCGAGUCAAUUUAUUGUUCCUCUGAUCAAAUUCAUGAGGAGGGAACUUGUGUUAUCUGUUUGGAAGAGUAUGUGAACAUGGAUGAUGUUGGGAGCUUGAAAUCAUGCAGCCAUGAUUUUCAUGUCGGGUGCAUAAGAAGAUGGUUGUCGAUGAAGAACUCGUGUCCGAUCUGCAAGAAAACUGCAUUGGAUGACGAUAUGAAAGAAAAAUGAUCUAUUCAAGUAUGACCUAGUGACAUAAACUUGUGUAAAUAUGUAUUUAGAACAGACAAUUCUCAAAUGGGGGUACUAGUAUCACCUCAAAAUUUGUACAGCAAAUGUUUUCAUAUCAUCAGUCAUUUCUUUCAAAUGUUUAAA